AUGGUACAUGAGAAUCAUCACCCAACCCCUUCCAAGUCUAGAACUAUUGCUUGUUUUCGUAAAGGGUUUAUAAAAGAGAAUCCUCAUGUAGUGACACAAAUGAAGAUGUGUUCGAAAUCUGGGAUGUCAGUUGCCCAAACGUAUAACUUAAUGGCUACGCAACGGAAUGGCAAAGCUUUAAUGCCUUUCUCACAGAAGGAUAUUAAUGAUGUGGUUGCUAAAGAAAGAAAGGCAAGGAUGAAGGGGGGUGAUGCGAAUGCCAUGUAUGAGUAUUUUAAGAUGAUGAAAGAAGAUAAUCCAAUUUUUUUCUUCAUAUAUAGGCAAGCGCCAGAUGGUCGGUUGCAGGAUGUGCUUUGGGUUGAUGCUCGUAGUAGAGCGGCGUAUGAGGAGUUUGGUGAUGUUGUAUGUUUUGAUACUACGUACUUGAUGAAUCAGUACAAAAUGCCAUUCGCGAACUUUGUAGGCGUAAAUCAUCAUGGUCAAAGCAUAUUACUUGGGUGUGCCUUGGUAUCUCAUGAGAACUCUGAUACUUUUGAGUGGAUUUUUAGCCAUUGGUUGGAUUGUAUGGGAGGUAAAGCCCCGAUAGGGAUCUUAACUGAUCAAGAUGCCGCGAUGAGGAAGGCGUUGAAAGAAACCAUGAGUGGAACAUGUCAUAGGUGGUGCAUAUGGCACAUUCUUCAGAAGUUUUGUAAGAAGCUCGGAAAAGAAGAGGAGUACCCUGAAUUAAAGGUAGAUUUGGAGCGUGCAAUAUACAAUAGUCUUGACUGUGAUGUGUUUGAACUAAACUGGGCAACAGUUAUGGAGCGGUACCAAGUAAAGGAUGACUGGCUUGAAGGGUUGUAUGAGGAAAGGCACAUGUGGGUUCCCGCCUAUUUGAAACAUUUGUUUUGGGCUGGCAUGAAGACGAUCCAACGAGUUGAAAGUAUAAACAGUUUCUUUGAUUUGUAUGUUAACAAACAUACUCAUUUGUAUGAAUUUGCUGAGUCAUACUGUGAGGCAAUGGAGGGGAGGGCUAAUGCAGAAAAUAUGGCAUAUACUAGUAGUGCAAGAAAUGUAAGGCAAAUUGUGACUGCAUUUUCUGCCGAGGAAGUGUAUCAGAAAUGCUAUACGGAUGCUAAGUUUCAUGAGGUCCAAAGAGAGUGUACUAGGGUAUUGUAUGUCCGAUGUUUGCAGAAGGAAAUGUUGAAUGAGUGUGUUGAGGAGUAUGAGCUUGAGGAUAGGGUGUGGAUAAAUCCUAAAAAUUCAAGGAAGGAAAUUGUUACUAGACAUAAGAUCAAGCAUAUGAUAUUUUUGUUUGAUCUAAAUAACAUUGAGGUGCCUGGAAAAUAUAUUCUUCGACGUUGGCGGUACGAUAAGUUAAUGGUGUUGAUUAACCCCAUAUGCCAUAAGGCAUCUACUUACAAAGAGACAGUGGAUAUUGCAGUUGAGAUGUUCCAAUUGCAAAGGGAGAAUGUGGGUAAUGUCAACGUUAAUGUCAAUGUGGGAACCCCCUCUUCUGUAUGUCUAGCAAAGGGUAGUACUGAAGUUACCCCCACAUCCGUUGGGCAAUUGCAGCCGGUAGUUCGUCGUACAGUGGUGUUUGAUUCCCCACAAACAAAUGAACAUGAAGGUAGUUGUGCGGCUGGUUUGUCAGGAACCUUAGGAAUGGAUGAUGUUGAUGUUGAUCCUUUUAGCGAUAGGUUUGCGGGGGAGGGUGUGGGGACUCCAAAUUCUGGAAGGGUAGAUGUUGAUCUCACCAGUGCUGAAGGCUGUGAUGGGGAUGCUCUCCCAUUGAGAGAUCCUUUUAAGCCUCCACCUCCAGCCCAUAGGUUUACCAGUUAUAGGUACAGGUCAUGUACCGAGCACCCUAAGAGGUCUCCGACAAAGGAACAAACCAUGGACAAACCAAGCAACAACUGCCCUCCAACAGCUGCAGCUCCAAAGCAGCCACCUCCAAAGAAACCAGCAGCUCCAAAGAAGGCAGCAGCCCCCAAGAAGCCAGCCGGUCCACGGGCUCCACGCAAGAGCAAGAAGGCAGCGGCAGUUGAGCAAUAG